AUGUCUGCUCUGCUCAGCGGAGCGUUGAUGCCAUUUGCCUGUGUCCGCAAGCAUCUUAUUUUUGUCAGACACAUUCGAAUAAAAAGGGUAAAAAGUAUUUUCUCUAACUCUCAGGUGAUCCUCCUUCAGUUUUUACUGACAUCUCAUUCCUUUGGAUUCUCCUCUUUCUCUUUUUUUUAUCCUCCUCACAAACCUCUUCCUUCUCGCGUCAGUGUUUCCGAUUGGCUUUUUUGUCUUUCUUGCAUCAGCUCUGACAAGCGGCAGACAUCCAGCCAUCGAAAACCCGAACAUCAGAAUGGAUCGCGUCAUCCCGGGAGUCUCUUGAUUCCUCUUCUCUCCUCUCUGCAGGUGAGCGGGAUCAACGCGUCGCUGAGCAGGAAGCGUGAGCAGCGCGUCCUGUUCAUGGUGGUGAUCAUGGUGAUCUGCUACCUGCUCUGCUGGAUGCCGUACGGGAUCAUGGCUCUGCUGGCCACCUUCGGGCCGCCCGGCCUGGUCACGCCCGAGGCGAGCAUCAUCCCCUCGGUCCUGGCCAAGACGAGCACCGUCGUCAACCCGGUCAUCUACGUCUUCAUGAAUAAACAGUUUUACAGAUGUUUCCAAGCCCUGUUGCACUGUGAAGCUCCUCGCAGAGGCUCCAGCUUGAAGAGCUCGUCCAAGGCUGCUACCAAAGCUGUGAAGGGAGUGGCGGUGACCGGCCCCCGCCGGACCGACGACUUGUUGUUUAUGGUCGCCUCUCUGGGCCAACCGGCUGCCACUGUACCCCAGCUGGACCCGUCCUGUGAACCAACCAUUGACCUCACCAAAGCCCCGUCGUCUUACAACCAACCUGUGGUUGUGGUUUCACUGGUGGCCCACUUUGAGGGCUGACACUUGGCUAUUGCCGAGAAAACUUCAAAUUCCUGUCCAGGAAGUCAUUAACAAUGUUGUAGGGCUGCGGACUUCAUCUCUGCCUCGGCCUGCCUGGUGGUAGAUUGGUAACUAAGGGAAACCGUGAAAUGCCUCUGGACAACGUGAGCAAAAACCCACUGCAGUGAACACACAGAACCUUUGAGGUCUUUGUUUAUCUGCAGAAUACUUGACUUUUAAACAUUUCUUUCAAAGAAACAAACAAAAAAGGAGAAUUAUCUGGAUCAUUCAAAGGGCCUUAUGUGUUUUGAAGCUGAACAUUGACCAAGAUAUAUUUUUCGAUUGAUUUGUUACUGACAGCAUAAGAAGAACCUGGGCAGUUUAUGACCCAAAGUAUUUUAAAGUUUUGUUACUCAGAGGUAAAGUUUUGAUGAAAUGUUUGAGCACAAGAAAAAUACUCUAUAAAUGAUUUUAGACCUUUAAUUUUUUUAAGCUUUUGACUUGCUGCAAUUUCACGGAAGGACUUUAACCUGCAUCAAACAACCUGGUUCUAAAUAGGGACUUACUCUACAUGUAGCACUGCUGAUGUAGCAUGCUAACAACAUUAAAGUUCCUCUGGUGCAACAUGGCUUUGAGUACCGUCUGUGCAUGCACACUGUUAGUAGGAGGAAUGGUAGAAUAAGGUUUAGGAAUGACGAGAAGAAUCUUAAUUGCUUCACGCAGUAAUCUAUCCCCAAGCUUGCUUUUUAAAAUAAAUAAAUAAAUAAAUAAGGAUUAGGAUUAGCAUAACAAUUGAUUACACUCUCAAGCUGAUUGUUUGAAUGAAUUAUGUGAUCUAACCUCAGAUAAACGGGAGAGAACUGGAGCCACAAUAAAAGGUAGUCCAUUCCUACAAACUCCAUAAAAUAUUGCACAACACAACACUGUCCCCGCGUGUACUAUUACAAGGUUGGAGGGUUUUUUCUGCCGUUUCGGGUGCUGACGGUUUGAUGGGACAUUUCUCCCCAAUGUCUGACCAUGACAUCUUCUUUUACUCGCUCAUCUGUGCACCACUGAGCCUUUAUAUCACCAGCUACCUGUGUUUGAGCUUCGAAGCUUGUAACUUAGCGACUUACUUUAAAGGACCACCAGGCUGCACAGCUAUUUAUCUUCAUAAUACAAACCAUAUGUUAACUGUUUAUUAAUAAUAUUAUUCUCACAGUUAACGUGACAUUCAUCCUGCUCGGUGCAACUGAAACAAAAAAGUUGUUUGGGGUGUGUGUGUGUGUGUUAGAUUUACCUCGUAAAGUUACAGAGGAUUAAAAGAAUCAUACUGUGCAAAGGUAUCAGUCAGGAAAAAGAUACAAAACAAUUUCUAACACAGACUUGUGGUCUUGUGUAAUCUCUUGUAUUGUCCAUAUAUAGUAGGGUUUAGAGUCCGAGGCUUUUUCUCCUGCACAUCUGGAUUAAAUCCACCAAAACCUCGUGUAAAAGUGUUUUACGGUCUGGUGACGCCAAACAUGAAAUCUGGCUAUAAUAAUGUGUUUGAGACAAAAACAACACUAAGCAUCAACAAAAGAACUCAAUACCCAUACAGGAUAACAUGGUGGAAGCAGCAUUAUGCUCUGGGAGUUACUUUGUUUUAAGUUUUAUUGAACAAUGUAGACAAAAUAAUACAGUUUUCACACUUCCGUGAGGUUUCCCAGGCAAAGAUUGGAUGUACUUUUUAAGAUUUAACAUUGUUUAAAAAUGUAAAAUACAAUUUUAGAGACAUGCUUCUAAGUUGUUCUAAAAUGUAUUAUGGUAGACUUUAUAAAAUAAUAUAACAUUACUAAAAAAUUUUAAAGUACACUGCAUGUAUUUGUAAAAAUGUAUAUUUUCAAUGUGUAUACGUCUGCUUAAGUUGUACGUCAGAUGGCAUUUUCAAAUAGAUUUUGUGUAUUUUCCUAAUCAGUUUUUCUGUGUUAUGAAACACUUUCAGCAGUGGACAUGAUCUUUGUAACAAAGUAUGCCUUAUUAAGUGCCUUGAUUGGUUAUGAGUUUGUUAAAAUGGCGGGAAAAAAUUAAGCAAAAUUCUUAUUGGAAUUACUGUAAAAAUAUAAUAUCACACAUUUAUGUGUAGACAGAACAUCUACAGCAAAUGCAUAACUGAUCAUUAACGCUUCAUUAAUCAGUGCAGAAGGUGUCUUCAGCUACACAUCUGUCUAAAUAUGAUCCGUUUUCUCCAGUUCUUUAAAAAAAACUGAAGCUGUCUUCUCCAAACAAUCAAUUUUCAGAUGUAAAAUCUAUUAGCAUUUUCUCCAGUACACACUCCAUACCAGUUGGUGGCAGUAAUGCACGCCUUCAGUUAAAAUAAAAAAAUCAACUCUACAAGAAGAAGAAUAGGAUCACCUACAACUGGGAAACAGAAAAGAUUAUGCCCUUAAAAUUCAACAUUUUUUACUUGUACAAUUAAACCUUAUCAGUAGAGAGCAGCUUGAUGGUAGGUUAUGGUUUUAGUUACCUUGCUAACUAGAUACAUAUUACUAUAUAGCUAUUUGGCUAACUAGCUAGCUGGCUAUUUAUCUAUCUAGCUAUUUAUCUAGCCAUUAAACUAGUCUGUCUACAUACAUAUAUUUUCCACCACAGCAGAUUGUACUAUUGUUAUUGCAAUGAAUCUCCUCUGCUUUUAUACUUAAUAUUAUCCUACUCGCUUAUUCUCCUCAAUCUGCUGCAGUGAAUGUAUUUUUUACCUGCACACGAUAGACCAAAAAAAAAAAAUAAAAAUAAAUAAAUCAUUAUUUUUAAAAAAUGUGAGCACAAUAAAUGAGCUCUCAGGUGAGAAGUGGAUUCUAGCCUUCAUGCUAAUGAGCCGGCACCCGGCCCUGGAUGAGUAACAGACAGCACAAUGUUACAGCAGGAAGGGAGUCUCUUACAUAGAAAGCAGCGGCUGAUGCCUCUUUUACCAAAACACCAGUGCAUUACUCACCGCAGGCUUCAUAAGACGACCGUCUGGAAAAAGUGUAACAGGCGGUAAACUUGCUGACGGUCCGUAUCUCUGAGCGUUCCCUCGGUGACUGAUGGUGUGUUCUUUGGGACUGGCAAUGGAGAAGUGGGACAGCGAGAAUAUUUAUGCGUGUGUGUGUGUGAAAGAGAGUGCAGGGAAAAGGUGGGGAGCAUUGUGUAGGAAGAUCCAGAAUAGUCAGUGCAGGCCACAUUUGUUUGCGCCGCUGGUAAAAAUCCUAAAUAUGAAUUAUUCUUUUAUCACGGCAACAUGAUUUCCCACAUAAACUUUAAAAGAAGUAAGCUGUUAAUUUGAGUAUACUUUUUUUUCAGUGUCAGGAAAACGAAAUCAUAGGAUGAUUGUUUUAAAUGAGGUGUCACAUGUAUUCGUACUUUAGUUGAUGGCGCACUUUUACCAGCAGGGAGUUUAAAGCAGCAGUAUGUAACGUUUAUUAAAAAACAAAAUGCUUUUUGUACAUUUGCUAAAACUGAUGCUAUGUCAUGAAAGCAGGCUAUGAGACAAUUUGAAAAAAAAAAUCUAACAAAUCCACUUAUGUAUUUGUUUGUCAGAAACAACCAAUCAGGGCCAGUGGGAGGGUCUUACCGCGGUCAAUCAUGCUUGUAUACCCGCCACACACAUUCUCACAUUUUCUCUCUGCUACACCACAGCUGGAUCACCACAACAAAGCCUGCCAUGAAUGCUAACACUGCUUAGCAUGGCCACUGACAAUAUCAAGAGAUAAAAGGUUUCCCUGGAAUGGUAAGUUGUUUCGCCACCACUGGCACAUUUAGCAACACAUACACAAGGUUGAUUAAUAGUACGAAGACCCUCCUCCUUGUUGUGAUUGGCUGUUUCCGACCAGGAGCGGUCCAUUCCUUCAGACGACAACAGUAGUUCAGGAAAGAGGUGGAGGAAAUCGAUCUUUUUACAGAUCAUCUGUCUCACAUCAAA